AUGGAGCCAGAAGCUCCAAUUCGAGGCUUGAAGAUCAUUUUCGACUUCAUGGAACAGAUUUCAAAGCCAGUGCAUUCCAGCAGCUUCAACGUUGGCGACCUUGUUGAUAUGAUAGUAGCCGAACCGACUACUGAUCAAGGCGUUCACGAGCGUUCUGAAGACCACCUCGUGAAUACAAACUACGGGAUCUUCGUCAUAAAAUCGCGGCCAGGUAUAGUUGUUGAAAAGUUCGAGGAAUACUGUAUGGUCGCCGAAUUAGGCCGUCGCAAUAACAGAAUUCUGGACGGACUUUCGCUCAUGGGCCUCAUAGAGCGCAUGGGAGUUCUACCAUCCGACGCUGCUCCAUUUGAUCUUGCUACUCUCUCGGAAGACCACGAGCUCUAUCGCCUGAUAUAUGACCCUGUAAGAGUUGCGGAGAAUGUUGGUCGUGGCGAUACAGCCUCCGAUGACGUAACGGGUACUGUGCAGACUUUGUCCUCGAUGACAGCACCAACUGCGGCCAAAUUCGUUGCCACGAGCAGCAUUCAUCCGGACCGUCGCCCCAGCAUGGAAGUUUCUGCGCUCAUACAAGCGAUCGAGCAAGACUCCCGCAUCGCCUGUGAGUCUGCCUCUAUGCAAAUUAUCCCUAUACAGGUUGCACGAGACAUCGCGCGAAUAGAAUGGGAAGAGAUGGCUAAUGACGCUGACCUGUUUGGUGUCAAUCUUCCUUCCAAAAAGCGGAAAUUGGACGAAAUCACAAAACUCCAUAAGGAGGCAGACUCACAGAGCAUGGGUCCUAUGACGAUACUCCGGGGUAUCAAACGUCUAAAACAGAAGGUGAGGGGCUCGAUAUUAUCCGACGAGGACUCGCGCACUGAAGCUAUGCACCUUUAUUCCGAGCUUGACAGUGUCACCACGGGAAUGGAGAAGCUGCAAGCGAAAUCCACUUUGUUCCUCGAUAGGGACUAA